AUGGAGCCACCAUUCCUCGGUUUCUCCCUGAUUCUUGUCCUUUUAGCAGCAGGAUGGGGAAGUGGGGCUGGUGCAGCCCGGGCAACGUCUCCUGGGGGCUGCAGACUAGUGCAGAGCACUGCCUCCUGCAUUGGAAGAUGGUUGAAUUCAGUCCCAAGAAAUCUGCAAGAUGACAUAGAGGAGUUAUUGCUUGAUGACAACACUAUACAGGUCCUUGGGAAUGCCUCUGUGCUUGCAUACCAAAAACUGAGGCAUCUCAGCUUGUCAAAGAAUCGUCUGAAGCUCAUUGAACCUGGUGCAUUCCUGGGCAGCCAAGGCCUCCACGUGCUCUCCUUGGCAGAUAACCUUCUCUUUACAAACUACUCAGUGACAGCAGCUGCUCUUUCUGCUUUACCAGCUCUAAGGAAACUGGAUCUAGCUGGAAACCACCUCACUGAGGACAUGGUAUCAGUUUUGCUCUGGAAUCUGUCCUCCUUGGAGGUCUUGUCUGUGGCCAGGAACAUCAUCAUGAGGCUGGACUCAUCCACCUUCACAAACUUGACUCAGCUGCUGGAGCUGAACCUGGAGAAGAAUUACAUCUUUGAGAUUGACCAAGCUUUUGAAGGGCUGCAGAGGCUGCAGAGGCUCAACAUGGCUUACAACUACAUUCCAUGCAUUGCAGAGUUUGACCUGAUGCAGCUCAGAGUGCUCAAUGUCAGCAACAAUGCCAUUGAGUGGUUUCUCACUCUUGAAAGUGAUGCCCUCUUUGAACUGGAGGUGCUGGACCUGUCCCACAACAAGCUCCUGUUUUUCCCCGUGCUGCCUCGGCAGAGUAAGCUGCAUUCCUUGCUGCUGAAGGACAAUGAGAUGAGCUUUUACCAGCAUCUUGCCAAUGCCACAUCCCUGGUAAAUGUCACAGUGCAGUUCCUGCUCAUUGACGGCAAUUCCACCAACGUCACUACAGUCAGCCUCUGGGACGAGAUUUGCCACAGCAAUCUCUCCUCCUUACGCCUCCUGGACAUGAGCCAGAACCAGGUCUGGUACCUACCGGAGGACUUCCUGGCAAAAAUGCCUUCCCUGACCCACCUGAAGCUGAACCAGAACUGCCUGGAGAUGUUUCACCUGUCGGAAGGGAACCCUUUAGCAAUGCUGAAGGACCUGGACCUAAGCCAGAAUCGUCUCUCAGAGCUACGGGCAGACCUGCCUGUCAGAGGUGUCCUGCCCAGCCUGCAGCUAUUCAACUUGAGCACCAAUAGGCUGCACAUGCUUCCUGCUAGAUUUUUCACCUACACCAGGAAGAUCACUACAAUUGACCUUAGUCACAACCGGGUAGACCUUUGUCCCCAGAAAGCUGUUGCAGACAAGGUGGAGAACCCUCCUUGUGUAGACAUCAGGGGUAUCACAACCUUAACUCGUCUUUCCUUGGCUGGCUGUGGUCUUAAAGGGCUGGGCAGUCACCCUUUCCAAGGGACAUCGCUUACACACUUGGACCUCUCUGACAACCAGGAGGUACUGUCUGGGGGCCUGGGAUGGCUGCAAGAUCUUACUCUAACCUUGCGAGUUUUGUCUCUGAGAAACACCAGCUUCUCUUCCACUGUAGUAGACAUUGACUUCUCUGAUUUUCAGAGCCUGACAUGCUUGGACCUAUCAGGAAACUCCCUGACCAUCUUCCCUGCAUCUCUGGGCAUCCUCAGAUUGCAUACACUUGACCUCCGGGACAACUGCCUCCCAGCCCUUCCACAGGAUGUGAUAUGGACACCCUUGGGGAAGAGUCUGCAUGAGGUCUACCUCAGCCGAAAUCCCUACAACUGCUGCAUGCUGGGAUGGUGGGACUCCCUGCAGCAGGUUGAGAGGUUGCACAUCCGUGAUGGACAGGAAGUGACCUGCAGCUAUGCCUCCAGGACAGUGAGUGCCAGGGCCCUACCAGAGCCCAUCCUCCAGGGCUGCCGGUGGAGCACAGCUGACCUGGCUCUCCUGUAUCUGGUGCUUGCUCUGCCAACUUGCUUGACUCUCCUGGUCGCCUUUGCUAUUAUUUUCCUCACACUCAAGCAAAAGUUGCUUAAAAUGGUGAAAAGUCAGUGUGGAGUAUCCAACCCUUAUUGAUGGGUGUAGAGGAGGAGGAAGGGCUGGUGGCACUCAGGAAUGGUAAAUCUGUGCUGGGCAUCAGGGGGGCUGAGACCUCAGCUGAAAGAUGGAGCAGCCGAGAAAUGUUUUCGUACUGAAUUUCAGCUUCCUCUAGGGCAUGUUCUGCUGCUUUGGGCUGGGCAAGAACUUACCUCCAGGCUCCCUUGUGGGUCUGGAGACGAAGCAGUCAGUAACAAUAAUCGCAGGAGGAUUGUUUUUUUUUUAAGACACUGUGAAUAGGAGAGAAAUUCAGAUGGAGAGAGAGGAUCACAGGAAGGAAGGGCUAAAUGAAAACAAGGGGAAUAAUAGAUGUUAAAUUCCCCAAGACGAGUGAGAUUUGCUGGGCUCAAGGGCCACAGGACGACCUGGGGUGCUGGGAGAGGUGGUGUUCCUACUAGCAAGAAUGCUUCACAGGCCUAAGGGUAUUGGGGCCGAGACAGAGCCUGGGGCCAUGCUAGAAACAUUGGCCUGUGCUGGAUCUUUGAAGAAUGUGUCUUCUGCAGAAAUGUUUGGAUGAUGUUGCUGAGAGCUGAAUGGAUGCAAUGCCAAAUCCUUUUUAGUUGAAGGGGUUAUGAUACUUGCUCCCCAGCCCUGUUCUCUCCCAUCAAUCAGUUCCCUUUUAUUUAUUCAUCCCAGUAGCACACAAGACAUCUAUCAGCAGUGCAAUUUGUCCCACAGUGCUAUAGGCAGCCAGGGGCUAGCUGAUUACACAGGAAGUAUCCGAUGUGCAUGACAGCUAGUGAAUUGCCCUGGGAGGAAACAAGCACCUCAUCCAUGUGCUCUGAAGAAGGGGCAUGCUGCUAAUGUCAGAACGAAAACUUCUGAGUGAGAACCACAUUUAGUGACAAACAGUUUCUAAAGAUCCGUUUGCAAGCAGUGGGAUUACUCUUGCACGUGGUUGCAUG